AUGGACACUUCCCACUCAAAGAUGGUUCUCAACCAACUCCCAACUGCUGCAGGGGCCGCCCAUGAUUCUUCUGGUAGUUGGCUCCAAGCCACGUGUCUGGAGAAUACCCGAGUCGAUGUCCUGCAUGAGAUUUACGAGUGGGCUGGCAAUCCCGACUCGAACUCGACCACGCUGUUCUGGCUUAACGGCAUGGCUGGUACAGGGAAAUCGACCAUAUCUCGAACUGUUGCCCAGCGCCUAGCCGAACAGGGGACCCUUGGAGGAAGCUUUUUCUUCAAGAAAGGCGAGACUGACCGAGACAAUCCUUCCAGAUUGUUCACGACACUGGCUGCUGGCUUGUCAAGGUGGCAAUUGGCCGUGUCUCGAUACAUCGGGGAGGCCAUUGAUCAAAAUCCUCAGAUAUUUGACCAAAUGCCACAUCAACAGUUUUCGAAGCUCAUUCUGGAGCCCCUUUCCAAGGCCAAACUGUGUUCUGGAAAGCCCGUUGUCUUCGUCAUUGAUGCUCUCGACGAGUGUCAGCAUCACUUCAUCACCAGCAUCAUCACCGACGUCCUCCCCCGAGCGCACAGUCUAAGCCAUCCUCGAUUGAAAUUCUUUUUGACCAGCAGGCCCGAACUACCAAUCCAAGCUGGAUUUUCAAACGUGGGGAGGAGAAACAUCUAUCAAGAUAUGAUCCUGCAAAAUGUGCCCCACGCAGUGAUCCAGAAAGAUCUCGAGACCUUUCUCAAGCGAACUGUCGAACAGAUUGGAAUUCGUUACAACGAUGGCUCUAAUAGGCUGCCCCCAGGCUGGCCCGGGAGCGACGUGAUACAACAACUUGUCAAUAUGGCCACGCCGCUCUUCAUUGUCGCGUCAACUGCGUGUCGUUUCCUGGAAGACCGACGCCUUGGGAAUCCGAAGCGACAGAUGGACAAGAUUCUUGCUGUCAAGGAUCGAACACAUGCGUCAACACUGGAUCAGAUGUACCUCGCUAUCCUCAGCCAGCAAUUAGAGGGCGGUCCGAAUAGUUACACGCCACAGCAGAAGAGCCAGAUUGUUGAGGAGUUCCGCCUCAUUGUUGGCCCCAUCAUACUACUCUCUACUCCUCUUACAAUACCUGUAUUGGCACAGUUGCUCCAUGGUGACAAGGACGUCAGCGAAUUCCAAGAGAUUCUGGAAAACAGGCUACAGCUUCUGCACUCGGUCUUGAGUGUCCCACCACCUUCAGAACGUCUUAAUUUUCCUGUCAGGGCUCUUCAUUUAUCUUUUCGGGACUUUCUCGUGGAUGGUGAACGUCGGGAUAUCAACCCGUUCUGGGUGGACCAAGCUAAAACCCACCUUGUUCUUGUUGAGAGCUGCCUCAGGGUAAUGCGAACUAACUUACGCGAGAACAUGUGCGAAUUGAGUGACCCAGGGACCGAGAAAACUUCGAUCAGUCAGGAAACAGUAAACUGCUGUUUGCCUUCACACAUUCAGUAUGCAUGUGUGCAUUGGAUUGACCAUGUGGACCAAGCACGCAUUGAUCCAGACACUGCAAAUGUAAUCCUUGAAUUCCUGGAGAUGCAUCUUCUCCACUGGCUUGAGGCCCUGAGCCUUCUGAACCGAGUCUUGGAAAGCGUGGUGAUGGUUGAGAGAUUGAACAAGGCGACUCAGGAUGUAGAACUCCCCGAACUGUCUGAGCUUCUCUCUGAUCUUGUUCGGUUCACCGGCGCAAAUGCCAAUGCCAUUGACCUCGCUCCUUUGCAAGUCUACUCAUCGGCCCUUGUUUUCGCACCCCUAAAGAGCCCGGUGCGCACGCUGUUCAGCGCCCAGAUUCCGGACUGGAUAUCCAUUCAACCUCAAGUAGAAGAUGACUGGAGCGAUUGCCUCCAGAGGCUCAGGAACCCUCGCCAUGGAGGCAAGGUCUCACACCUUUCCUUUUCACCCGACUCCAAACUUCUGGCAUUCAUAUCAGAGGGCGGCGUGAUGUCUGUCUGGGAUGCUAAAACUGGUGUGGAGGUUUUGGACACGAAAAAUGACGGUGCCCUUUUCGAAGCAGCGGAGUCGAUUGUCUUCUCAACGGAUUCGGCCCUGGUCAUUGUCGUUUCAGCCACACAGAUACAAGUCUGGAGGGUUGUGACUGGAGAAUGUGUUUACCGUCUCCAUCACCCCCAAAGUUAUGUCACUUCCACGAGCCUAUUGACUCCAGGUCUGAUAGCAUCUGGAUCGGGUAUGGGCGAUGUCCGAAUAUGGGAAUUGGAGACUGGUCAACUUGUGUCAAAACUUGGAGGCCACCACAGGCCCGUCAGAGCCUUGGCAGUCUCGGCAAAUGAAGAGCUAUUGGCAUCCGGAUCAGACGAAGGAACAGUGUCAGUCUGGGACAUUCAAACCGGCGAGCAAUUGCUAGCCCUUGAACACCCAGUGAAAGACGACUUCCUUCACGAGGCCGCAUUUUCACCUUCAUCGGCGUUACUUGCGCUGAGCUACUUCGGAACUAUACAAAUCUGGCGGGUUGCUACUCGCAAAUGCAUCCACACGCUAAAGGCUUUUUCAGAUGAGCGCAUUUCGUCAUUGGUUUUCUCAUCUGACUCGAAAUUGGUGGGAGCAGACGAAGGUAGAAUCAUCCGGGUGUGGAAUAUCUCUACUGGG